AGCGCGGGAAAAUGCUUUAUCCUUCCGCCUUCUUUGUUGGCGUUACAAAACCCUCUCUGUAUCUGUCUUGAAAUAAGAAAAGGGAAGAGAGGGAAAAUUAAAAAAAAAAAAAAAUCCUCUUUCUGGUAUCUAGCUUGGAAUCGGUUACUCGCGAAUUCUAUAACUCCACCGUACAAAAUGAAUGGAGGAGAUAACCGACGGCGAGAUCACCGAGACCUUCGGAGCUCGAAGAAGCAGAAGAAGCUGAUCCGCAGCGCGGAAGAGGAGCUUGAGUCAAAGCUCGGCUUUGAUCUCUUUACCGAAGGCGAAAAACGUCUCGGAUGGUUACUUACUUUCGCUUCGUCAUCUUUGGAGGAUGAGGAUACAGGAAAAGUAUAUAGCUGCAUAGAUCUUUAUUUUGUUUCUCAGGAUGGUUCUUGUUUUAAGUCAAAGUUCAAAUUUCGUCCUUACUUUUACGCGGCUGCGAAGGGCAAAACGGAAAUGGAUGUCGAAGCCUAUUUGAGACGACGAUAUGAAAGUCAAAUUGCAGAGAUUGAAAUCGUGGAGAAGGAAGAUCUUGAUCUUAAAAACCAUUUGUCUGGUCUACACAAACGUUAUUUAAAAAUAUCUUUUGAUACUGUUCAACAAUUGAUGGAUGUGAAGAAAGAUCUAGUGCAUGUUGUUGAAAGAAACCAGACAAAAUCUGAUGCUGCUGAAGCAUAUGAGUCAAUAUUAAUGGGGAAAAGAGAACAAAGACCACUAGAUCUUUUAGAUUAUCUAGUUGAUCUCCGUGAAUAUGAUGUUCCCUACCAUGUUCGCUUUGCCAUUGACAAUGAUGUCAGAUGUGGGCAGUGGUAUGAUGUCAGUGUAUCUAGUACUGGAGUCAUGCUAGAGGAGAGGACUGAUCUUCUGCAACGUGCUGAAGUACGUGUCUGUGCAUUUGAUAUUGAGACGACAAAGCUUCCUUUGAAAUUUCCAGAUGCCGAGUAUGAUUUAAUAAUGAUGAUAUCAUACAUGGUUGAUGGACAAGGAUACCUGAUUAUUAACAAAGAGUGUGUAGGUCAAGACAUAGAGGACUUGGAGUACACUCCUAAGCUAGAAUUUCAAGGGCUUUUCGAAGUCACAAAUGUGAAAAAUGAGGUAGAACUUCUUCGGCAGUGGUUUACCCACAUGCAAGAGGUCAAGCCUGGUAUUUUUGUUACAUAUAAUGGUGAUUAUUUUGACUGGCCAUUCAUAGAAAGAAGAGCUGCUUAUCAUGGAUUUAAAAUGAGUGAUGAGGUAGGGUUUCAAUGUGACAAGAAUCAGGGGGAAUGUCGAGCCAAAUUUGCUUGUCAUUUGGAUUGUUUUGCUUGGGUCAAACGUGAUAGUUAUCUUCCUCAGGGGAGCCAUGGCCUCAAGGCUGUUACAAAGGCAAAGCUGGGUUAUGAUCCACUGGAGGUGAAUCCAGAGGAUAUGGUUCGAUUUGCCAAGGAAAAGCCCCAGAUGAUGGCUUCCUAUUCUGUUUCUGAUGCUGUUGCAACUUAUUACUUGUAUAUGACCUAUGUUCAUCCCUUUAUUUUCUCUCUGGCGACUAUUAUUCCCAUGUCACCUGAUGAGGUUUUGCGCAAAGGAAGUGGAACACUUUGUGAAAUGCUUCUGAUGGUUCAGGCUUAUAAGGCAAAUGUUAUCUGCCCUAACAAACACCAAUCAGACCCUGAGAAGUUCUAUAAGAAUCAUCUUCUUGAGAGUGAGACCUAUAUAGGUGGCCAUGUGGAAUGCCUUGAAAGUGGUGUUUUCAGAUCUGAUCUUCCAACAAGUUUUAAGCUUGACCCAUCUGCCUGUGAGCAACUUAUCAGUAAUCUUGAUCGAGAUUUACAAUAUGCUAUUAGAGUUGAGGGGAAGAUGGACUUGGAAUCAGUCUCAAAUUAUGAUGAAGUAAAGAAUGAAAUAAUAGAAAAGCUUGUGAAUUUACGAGACAAACCUCUCCGUGAAGAAUGCCCUCUCAUUUAUCAUUUAGAUGUUGCUGCAAUGUACCCAAAUAUUAUUUUGACAAAUAGGCUUCAGCCACCAUCAAUAGUUACAGAUGAGGUCUGUACUGCAUGUGAUUUCAAUCGUCCAGAUAAGAGUUGCCUCCGGAAACUUGAAUGGGUUUGGCGUGGGGAGAUAUUCAUGGCGAAGAAAAGUGAUUAUUACCACUUGAAGAAGCAAAUUGAGUCUGAAUUUUUUGAUGGUACUGAUAGUCAGUUGUCAAAAUCUUUUCUUGACCUGCCUAAACUGGAGCAACAAUCCAGGCUGAAAGACCGUUUGAAGAAAUAUUGUCAGAAGGUAAGGUAUAUAAACGGGUAUUGGACAAGCCAGUCACUGAACUUCGAGAAGCAGGGAUCUGCAUGCGUGAAAACCCUUUUUAUGUUGACACAGUUCGCAGAUUUCUAUCGUUUCUUGUCAUGGAUAGAUGAUAAUUACUUAAAAGAGCAUCUCUUUCGAGAUAGAAGGUAUGAAUACAAAGGACUUAAUAAAGUUUGGAAGGGGAAGCUGUCUGAAGCCAAGGCUGGUGGAAAUCCUAUGAAGAUCCAAGAAGCACAAGACAUGGUAGUGCUUUAUGAUUCCUUACAACUUGCCCAUAAGUGUAUUCUGAACUCGUUCUAUGGAUAUGUCAUGCGCAAAGGUGCAAGAUGGUACUCAAUGGAAAUGGCUGGUGUGGUUACAUAUACUGGUGCUAAAAUCAUUCAGAAUGCUCGCUUGCUUGUUGAAAAAAUUGGGAAACCACUUGAAUUAGACACAGAUGGUAUCUGGUGUGCGCUUCCUGGGUCUUUUCCAGAGAACUUUACUUUUAAAACUAAAUUUAUAUUUGGAGAGAAUAUGUGCUUCUUUUUCACAAUUAAAGAUGUUGGUCAUCAUCUGCAUAAUAUGUUUGUCAGAGACUCGAAGAAGAAGCUGACAAUCUCUUAUCCAUGUGUUAUGCUUAAUGUUGAUGUGGCAAGAAAUAACACAAAUGAUCAAUACCAGACACUUGUAGAUCCUGUCAAUAAAACAUAUGCAGCUCAUAGUGAGUGCUCAAUUGAAUUUGAAGUGGAUGGUCCAUACAAGGCGAUGAUUCUACCUGCUUCUAAGGAAGAAGGAAUUUUAAUUAAGAAAAGAUAUGCUGUUUUUAAUGAUGAUGGAACACUUGCGGAACUUAAAGGUUUUGAGAUAAAGCGUAGAGGUGAGCUGAAACUUAUAAAAGUUUUCCAGGCUGAGAUUUUUGAUAAGUUCCUUAAUGGGUCCACCUUAGAGGAAUGUUACUCAGCUGUUGCUGCUGUUGCAAAUUGCUGGCUUGAUCUUCUUGAUAAUAAAGGAAAGGAUAUUGCGGAUAGUGAGUUAUUGGAUUACAUAUCGGAAUCUAGCACAAUGAGCAAGUCUUUAGCAGAUUAUGGUGAACAGAAGUCAUGUGCAGUGACCACAGCAAGGCGUCUUGCUGAUUUUCUCGGUGAUACCAUGGUUAAAGAUAAAGGACUGCGUUGCCAGUAUAUAGUGGCAUGUGAACCAAGAGGUACACCUGUUAGUGAACGUGCUAUUCCUGUUGCAAUAUUUGAAACUGAUACCGAAAUAAUGAAGUUCUAUCUACGCAAAUGGUGCAAAACUUCUUCAGAUGUUGGCAUACGCUCUAUUGUUGACUGGUCGUAUUACAAGCAACGGCUUAGUUCAGCAAUUCAGAAAAUUAUCACUAUACCUGCAGCGAUGCAAAAGGUUACAAAUCCUGUCCCUAGGGUAGCUCAUCCUGAUUGGCUGCAUAAAAAGGUUCGGGAGAAGGAGGAUAAAUUUCGUCAAAGAAAGUUAGUUGAUAUCUUUAGCUUAUCAGUCAGAGAUGAUAUAGUGAAAAAGAAAAGUGAUGCUGUUAUCACCACUGAUGUGGUUGGAGAUCUAGAAGACUUCCAAAACAAAAGGGGAAAUUCUGAGAAAGGACCUAUACCAAUUGUUCGUUGUUAUGAAGUCAAUAAUGAUCAAGGUCGGGUCAAGGCAGCUGUCCAAACCAAUACCGUGCAACAUCAAACUGAUCAUGGAGGAAAUGCACAACAGUUGCCAUCGGCAUUGCUUCCAAAUGUACUAUCCACUGAAAACAUUGACAGAAAUGUUGACUAUCAAGGGUGGCUUGAACUGAAGAAGAGAAAAUGGAAGGAUAAUCUGGAAAGGAGGAAGAGGCAAAGGUUGGGUAAUCUACGAUCUUUUCCUCAUGCCAGUUGUACUUCUGAGAUUCUGGGUGCCAUGGAAAACCAUAAAGAUGCCCCUGGAAGAACUGGUGUUGGUUCAUAUUUUAGGAGACAUGAAGUAUCUCUAACAAAUUCCCAUUGGCAGAUAAUACAGGUAGUUCCAGGUUCACAGAAUGGCCAAUUUUUUGCUUGGGUUGUUGUUGAAGGAAUUAUGCUUAAGGUCCCUAUAACUGUUCCAAGAGUGUUUUAUUUGAACUCUAAAGCAAGUAUAUCUGAAAAUUUUCCUGGAAGACGGGUAAACAAGACUCUUCCUCGUGGAAGGCAGAGCUAUAACCUAUUUGAGGUUAUAAUUGAUGAAGAUCAAUUUAGGAGGGAGAGCAAGAAACUCUCUGCUCUUCUUGCUGAUCCAGAAAUUGAGGGGAUUUAUCAAAGGAAGCUGCCACUGGAGUUUAAUGCUAUUCUCCAACUUGGUUGUGUUUGUAAAGUAGAUAAGACAGCUAAGAAACGAAAUGCCCAGGAUGGUUGGAGUUUGAGUGAAUUGCACAUGAAGACUACAACAGAAUGUGCUUAUCUGGAGCAGGCAAUCUCUUUCUUUUACUUGUAUCAUAGUAUUUGUGAAGGCCGUGCCAUAUAUGCUACCUAUUUUUCUUCAUCACGAGCAGUAUAUCUAGUGGUAGUUAAUCCUCACCAUGAAAAUGAAAGUAUUUCCCCUUAUAUCCUCGAGAAAUAUUUUCAUGAAGCUUGCCAGGCAUUGUCUACUGAACUGCCAGCUCGUAAUAGGAUUUCUUUCAAGGUGAACUAUGUUGAAUAUGUCAAGGAUGCUGAAAACAUUUUACAAAGAACUAUAAGUGAACACAGACAUGAACAUCAAGGACCUAGUGUUGCUGUCAUUGAAUGCCCAAACACUCAAACAAUGAAGUCAGGUAUACGAGCUCUAGAAGAUUUACCUUGUGUGAGCAUACCUUCCAAUGCUCGUGAUAACGAUUAUCAGCUACUUGUAUGGCAACAAACAGCUGCAAAAAUGGGAAUGCAGCGGUGUGCUGCAUCAUCUCAGUGGUUGAGUGAGCGGGUCACUCUCUCUAGAUACGCACAUGUACCCUUGGGCAAUUUUGAACCUGAUUGGCUAUUAUUUACUGCAGAUGUCUUCUUUUCUAGAGCUUUGCGUGAUCAGCAGCAGGUACUUUGGAUAUCUGACGAUGGUGUUCCUGACCUAGGAGGCUUUGGAGAAGAAGAUACAUGUUUUGCUGAUGAGGUCUGUCAACCUGUUAUUACAUACCCUGGAGCAUAUAGAAAAGUUUCUGCGGAGCUAAAGAUUCAUAACCUGGCUGUGGAUGCUCUUCUAAAAAGCAACCAAGUCAAUGAAAUGGAAGGAGGAGCUUUAUUGGGAUUUCACCAAGAUAUGCAUUCUGGAAAUGAACAGUGUGGUUUUGAUGAAGCUACUGCAUCUGCAACUGCAUUUCGAGUCAUGAAACAACUGAUACAGAGGUGCCUUGCUGAUGCAGUUUCCUCAGGAAAUGUGUUUGCUGAUGCAAUACUGCAGCAUCUAUAUAGGUGGCUUUGCAGUCCUCAGUCAAAGCUUCAUGAUCCAGCUCUUCACCGCAUACUACACAAGGUCAUGCAAAAAGUGUUUGCUUUGCUGUUGGCUGAAUUCCGCAAAUUGGGUGCAACAAUUAUAUUUGCAGACUUCUCUAAGGUUAUCAUUGACACUGGAAAAUGCGAUAUCUCAGCAGCUAAAGCUUAUUGUGAUAGCUUGCUGAAAGCUCUGCAGAAUAGAGAGUUAUUUGAAUGGAUUGAGCUUGAGCCAAUUCACUUCUGGCAUUCCUUGCUUUUUAUGGAUCAGUAUAACUAUGGGGGAAUCCUGGCGGGAUCUGAUGAAAAUUCACAAGAUAAGUCAGAAAUGGAUAUUGUUUCAAGCUGGAAUAUUGCCCAGUAUUUACCUGAGAAAAUUCAGGAUCAUUUUGUUUUAAUUGUCUCUGAGUUUUUGCAUACCCCCUGGAAAUAUGCACAAGACCAAGCUGCAAAUAGAACAUCCUUGCUGGAUGGCAGCUUAUGCACUCCAUCAAUCACUAUCACAGCUGCUGAGAGUUUUGAAGCACUUAUUGUGAAAUAUCUCAAAGAGCAGAUUAGCUCCUACUUCACAGAAAAACUUCUAGGAAUUGUUCGUGAUAUUAUUCUUCAUAUGAAAUGGUUGAGUGGAUCUGAAAAAAAUGAUCAACAGAAUGCACAUAGGGUUCCUCAGCUAGCUAGUAAUCUCAACAAAGGAGAUGUUGCACUGGAGUUUAUUAAGCAUGUCUGUGCUGUUCUGGCCCUUGACCAUGAUGUUCAGCAUGAUGUUCUGGUAUUAAGAAAGAAUCUGCUGAAAUAUGCACGUGUUAGGGAGUUUGCUCCAGAAGCUGAGUUUCAUGAUCCAUGUCCUUCUUUCAUCUUACCGAAUGUGAUUUGCAGCUACUGCAACGAUUGCAGAGACCUGGAUUUAUGCCGUGACACGGCUUUACUGGCUGACGAAUGGCGCUGUGCUGUGCCCCAAUGCGGGCAGCCUUAUAAUCGUGAGGUGAUGGAGAAUGCUCUUCUCCAAAUUGUACGUCAAAGAGAACGUCUCUACCAUCUGCAGGAUCUGUUGUGUUGUAGGUGCAGACAGGUGAAAGCUGCACAUUUAGCAGAACAAUGUGCCUGUGCUGGCUCAUAUAAAUGUAAAGAAGAUGUCUCUGAGUUUCGCAGCAAAAUGCAGAUAUUCUUGAACAUAGCCAUUCGUAAAAAGUUUCCACUCCUCCAGGAGUGUACCUCAUGGAUCUUGGAAGUCAACUAGCAAAUGUAUAUGUAUUGGAUUAUUACAUCUGUUUAUUAAAGGUGUAUAUAUAUGAAAUGUAUUAUGCAUAUAUCAUAAGGCUCAAAGUAACCUCAAUUAACAACACUUACGUCUCUCUCAGUACAUUGCAUCUCAUAGUUUUAUUUACAUACCCAUUCGUGCUACGUUUGGUGUAUCUUCUUGUUAUAAGCUGCUGAGAGAUAUGCCAAUUUUGGUUUUAUUUACA